AUAGACAACACAAAACGACUUCGUUUCAGAGGCUUUUCUUCCUCCAUAUAAACGAGCUUCUCCGACCUGGUUUUUCAAAGCAAUUUAGCGCGGGAGACUAGAGUUCAAUUCGAUCGAAGCCACAGAAAUGGACGACCACGAUCUGGAAUUGGAGAAAGCUCGCUUGCUAAGCUUAGCCCUCGAGUUCGGCUUCGAUGAAGAGGCGGCAGAGAAGUGCUUGGAUCGUUUGGUUCAGCUCUAUGGAGAGGAUGGCCAUGAUUUUAUCACUGUGGAGCACUGUGGUGAUGAUUUUCUCACGGCAUUAGCUGAAUCAAUGCAAGACACUGAAGAAUGGGAUGAUUUACAAGCCAUUGAGUCAGAAGCUUGUGGAACCUUAAAGAAUAUGUUUGACAAAGAUGUUUGCAACAGAUAUGAAGCAGAUAAUGAUGAAGGUGGAAGAAGCUAUAUCAAUGUUAUAGAGGAUUCACCCAAACCUCAGAAACAUUUGAGUUUUAUGGAUUUGGAUUCUUCUAGUGAUGGUGAAGACUUAAGAACUCCAAAGAAUAAGGGUGUCCAAUCUACCCCUUCUUCUACUGAUUGGAGCAGUCCUGUCUUCAUGCAAGGGUCAAGUAAAUGUCAUUCAAAAUCUGUGGAUUGUAGGAGCAGCAUCAUUCAAAGUCCAGUUACAUCAAUUUCCUAUAAAAGACGGUGCUCCCAAACAUUGAAAGAGGAACAUGAGACUCUGAGUUAUGAAGAAUUAGAGUCUCUGGAUGAUUUUGAAUUGGCAAAUGUCGUGAUAUUUGGUAACAGGGCAUUCCGGCCAUUGCAGCAUCAGGCUUGUAAAGCAGCUGUAGCAAAGCAAGACUGCUUUAUUCUUAUGCCUACUGGAGGUGGUAAAAGUCUAUGUUAUCAGCUUCCAGCAACUCUGCAACCAGGUGUUACCGUAGUUGUAUCUCCCCUACUUUCCCUCAUCCAGGAUCAAAUUAUCACUCUGAACCUCAAGUUUGGAAUACCUGCAACUUUUUUGAAUUCUCAACAAACUGCUUCACAAGCAACAGCUGUCCUCCAAGAACUAAGGAAAGAUGAGCCAUCAUGCAAGCUCUUGUAUGUAACUCCUGAAAGAAUUGCUGGGAACUCAUCAUUUCUUGAGAUUCUAAAAGGCCUGCAUUGGAAGGGAAAACUGGCGGGUUUUGUUGUUGACGAAGCACACUGCGUCAGCCAAUGGGGACAUGAUUUUCGUCCAGAUUACCGUGGAUUAGGAUGUCUUAAGCAGAAUUUCCCAGAUGUUCCAGUUAUGGCAUUGACCGCCACAGCAACCCAUUCAGUUCGCGAGGACAUAAUAAAAGCUUUAAGAAUCCCUCGUGCUCUGGUUCUUGAAAGAAGCUUUGAUAGACCCAACUUGAAGUAUGAAGUUCUUGGAAAGACCAAGGAGCCACUGAAGCAGCUUGGGCAACUACUAAUGGAUCGCUUCAAGAAUCAGUGUGGAAUUGUAUACUGCCUUUCAAAAAGUGAAUGUGUUGAGGUUUCAAAGUUUUUGAAGGAGAAAUGUCAUUUUAAGACAGAAUAUUACCAUGCUGGUUUGGUGGCUCGCCAGAGAGUUUCUGUUCAAAAGAAGUGGCACAUGGGAGAGAUCCAUAUUGUUUGUGCAACUAUUGCUUUUGGAAUGGGAAUCGACAAACCAGAUGUUCGAUUUGUCAUCCACAAUACAAUGUCCAAAUCAAUUGAAAGCUAUUAUCAAGAAUCCGGAAGGGCUGGAAGAGAUAAUUUCCCAGCAACAUGCAUUGCUCUAUACCAGAAGAAGGAUUUUAGUCGGGUUGUAUGUAUGUUGCGGAACGGGCAAGGAUACAAAAAAGAAAGCUUUAAGAGAGCAAUGGCUCAAGCUCAGAAAAUGCAACAGUAUUGUGAACUCAAGGCUGAAUGUCGGAGACAAGCCUUACUCAAACACUUUGGAGAGUCUUUUGAUAAAAAAGCCUGCAAAUAUGGUUCUAAUCCUUGUGAUAACUGUCUCAAGAACUCCUGAGCACCUGCAUGCUUAUCAUUAUUUGCUAGUGAGGUGUGCCACGAAUCAAUCUUUCGUGACAUCCCACAAAUUUCAAUCAGGGGUUGUUUCAUGCUCGGCCUGAUUUAGCUGCCCAUUUUAAUGCCCUUAACGGAAGGGUAAAACAAUUGUGUUUUACCAUAUAAAUUCCGUCCCUUUUAUCCUUCCAAUUCCGCCUUAAUGGAGGCAAUGGUUGAUUGGUGGAGGAACCAAAGCCACCCUCCUCUUUGUCAAGUGAAAAAUAAAAACCCAAACCCAAUCCGGCAGUU